AUGGAUGUUGAAGAUCGUUCAGCAGAAGAAAGUAAGGAUAGGAUAGAUUCGGGCACUGAAAAGAUUCAAAAUACCAAGUUACACUAUCUAAACUCCAAGGAGAUUUAUCAUCAAAAAUUGAAAAGUCUUGGACUGAUAACAUUUGGUAAGAGAUAUUCGAUAUUUUGCCCGGUUGACCAGCAGGCUUGUCUGGAUCACGAUAGACGAGAAGGAGAAGGUGUCAAGCCAGUUGAGACAAUAUGCUACAAGCUUAAAUAUGGUGGGAUUAUAUACCUAAUUAGGGUUAAGGAUCCGUCCACUAUUUCCUCCAAUCCUACAAUUGUAGCCUUUAAGAAUGCAAAGUGGACUUCUUUCACAAUUGAGGAUAAAAAGUAUGAUGAACUUAUCAAUUUGGAAGGAAUGGAAUUAAUAGAUUUCGAAAUCCCAGCAAAACUGAAGCAUGAUGGAGAUUAUGAUAACCCUGAUUGGAAAGGAUCUACAAAAGACUGUAUCGAUGCUUUAUAUGCUUCAUCUGAUACUAAAGAUAAAUUGUACGAUUCUCUUGAUUGGAUUCACAAGUGGGGAAAAAGUUGA